GGCGCGACGUUCGCGCGAUCCUCACGAGGAGUCAUCUGACUCACGAGAAAUCAUCUGAAAUCAUCUCUGCUCUCCUUCAGCCGCGUUCCGUUUAUCCGGAGGAGCGACAGUACACACGAUCGCAUUCUCCAACGAUCGCGACUCGCACCUAUGCGAACGUGGUGUCGCGUCGCGCCCCCGCCGUCACCGCCGUCGCCGCCACCGCGUUCCGCGAGCACGGCCUGCACGGCUGCUUGGACCCGCUGUCGCCGCCGCCGCCGUCGGCAGUCAUCGUUCGCACGCGCGUCGCGACGCACCGUCGCCAUUUCGCCGACCGGGACAGCGACGAGGACGAGGACGAGGACGCUGGCACGACGCUGACGCUGGCGCUGGCACGCGCGCGGCGAUGAAGGAGAGCUGAGCGCGGCUCGCCGUCGUACAUACGCCGGGCACACGAGUAACAUAUGCGAUGAUAAACGCCGAAUGGGAUCUCGAUAUCGGACAAAUUUGGAGCAAUGAUGAGCGGUUCGCGGCUUGGCAGAGGCCGAGGUGGCCGCCUGGCUUUGUACGGGGGCUGCGCAGUGGCGGUUAUCUUGACGAUGAUAGUGUACCGCAACACCAUCUCAGAGAUGACCAGGCUUCAAGAAAUGCAAGUACAAUGCCUUCAUCAGCAAGAAUCUCUCGCUGCUCAACUACAAGUAAUAUUUGAGUACAAAGUACGGUUGGAGAAGUCCCUGGCCGAAGAGAAGAGCUCGAACGCCGCGGUGAAACAAGAGUUGCAGCAACGCGCGUCGCGAGAAAAGUCUCUGCGUGACAAGGACAGCGUAGAAGCGAUGCAGAGGUUUAAUUCGCUUCAACAGACCUACAAGCUCCUUCAAACCGAGCAUCAAGACCUGCAGGAGGAAUGUAAGAAGCGCGAGAAACAGGCGCUGGAUGAGACUAGCAGACUGGAAUCAACGCUGCAGGACUUGCGCGCUCGCAUCCGGCAGGCUCAGGAAGACAAGUUCAAAGCUAUGGAGCACUUGAAGACCAAGUACCUGGAAACACUUGACGAGAAGACCCGGCUGCAAAAAAAGUACAACGAACUGAUAAACAAUAGAGACAAUACCGGUAGUACCGUCGAUCAUCUCAGAAAGGAAAUCUUCCAGCUUAGACGCGAAUUGGAGAGCGCCAAGAAUUUCUAUGCUAGAAGUACACCUCCUAGUUCAGUGUUGAUGAUUCCUCGAGCGUCAAUGUCACAAUCGGCGCUGCCGAAGGAAGACUCACAACCGAUCCCGGCGCCGCAACAGCAACAGCAGGAUGGCAACAUCGUCCCAGCUGGUCCCAUCGAAGUGAAAGAGAUCGGCGAACAACGUGAACCCUCAGCUAACGACUUAGAGCAAAAGCAGAAAGACGUUGUCGAGCGCCCGAAUGUUAUAAACGAAGAGAAGAAUGGCUUCGAUGAAGAACAAAGAAAACAGAACAUGGUGAGUUCACGAAAAGCGGAGAACACCACUGUAGCGAACAACGCCAAUCUCGUAUCACCGUCUCUCAUCGACAAGCCCGCGCCGCUACCGGCGAGACUACCGUUGAAGGUCAAGGUGCCGGUCGGCGUAUUGCCAAUACCAGAAAUCAUUGAGCAGAAGAUUGUCGAUGACAUAGAUGAAAAGAAGAAGCAGGAAGAAAUCCGAGAGGACGCGGCGGCGAUUCGCAACAAUUUACAGCCACCGCCGCCGAAACUCGCUCCAGCGAAUGCGGUGGAUGACAAGGAAGAAAAGGAACCGGUAGUUGAAGCUGGCAACCUGGAUCCACCGUUCGUUGUGAAUCCUCCCGCGCGACACGUUGGCGAACAGCUUGAAAGGAGAGCAAAAGAUUCUUGGUUGAGGGUGGGACCUGGUGUACAAGAGGUCGGUGAUGAACUCAAUCGAGUUCCUGGAUUGGAUGAUGGGCAAGCCAACGGUGGUGACGAUCAGUAUGAUGGUGCCGAUUACGACAAGGAGUCGCAGCAAAAGAACGAUAUUCAUCUUGCAGGCGAGGAUGAGGGAGAAGACGAAGGCGACAUGCUUGAAGGCGAAUAUCCGAAUAAUUUGAAGCAAGGAAAGCGGGAAUAAAAUCAGCGCUGUCGUGAAAAUGUUUUUUAACGCGACUAGCAGCCGGUUGGCAUAAGAGAAAUCGGCUGAAAAAUAGUCAAACGACCUGAUCUGACCUGACCUGGCCGAUAUUCAUGAUCGUUCGGGUUUAAUCAGCAAAAAUACUUAUUGUGUAUUAUAAUCUACAAUACAAAUCAUUCGAGUGGUGUGUGUGUGUGUGUGUGUGUGUGCGUGCGUGCGUGCGUGCGUGCGUGCGUGCGUGCGUGCGUGCGUGCGUGCGUGCGUGUGUGCGUGAGAUAUUUCACGAGAAACUAGCACAGGGACAGCUAGAGAUUCAAUCCAUCUUCAUUUUUCAUACGAAAGCUCUUGUACAAGAUUUUAGCUAAAUAUCGAUAUAUGAUAGUAUAUACACGGUACAAAUAUCGUCAAAUGCAUCCGCGCAUUCGACGGAGACUUAGACGGUUCCGAUAACUUCAGAAGAUUCAGAUUGAACUAUUGUAACGUAUACUUUCAAAGAAGGAAAAAAGAUAGAUUGUAUUUUUCUAGAUUAAGAUUUACCGUGCACGAAUCGAAUGACUUAAUCGCGUUUAUUACUUGAGACACUCGUAACUUUGUGUAUUUAUAAAUGUAUUAAGUUGGACUUAGAUUGCACUAGCAGAGUUAACUUUAUUUUAUCGCGAUGCGAAAAUACCUCGGAAACCAUUCAGUAUUCUAUUAAAAUUAAUUCGCGUUGCAAUGAUGAAAUUUAUCAUGACUUACGGG